ACCGUUUCGAAAAUUCCGAAUUUUGAUCGCAUGGAAAGUGCCCCAGGUAGGUACGAGUUUGCUUUGACAAAGACCUCAAUUUUUUCAUUGGAGAAAACGUAUUUCAGUUACAUGAAAUCUUCAAAAGCAGCACCAAAAUUGUGUUGAAAGACCCACGCCCAUUACUCUUUUAGAUCAGGCCUGGGAAUGAAUGACAAUGUAGCCAAGCCUUUGCUUCUUCAACAUGGCGGCCGUCUCUUCUAGUUUUGUACUCUGCCUCCUUUCCUUGUCUUUCUCGUUCGCUGCGAAGGAUGUUUUCCACGAAGAAUUGCUUCUGAGGCCAUUGAAGACUGGCCAGGUGUAUGCACACUUUCAAUUUACCACAGUUUGGGACGUGGAUAUCAGAGAUACGAAAGCUUUUUCCCACUACAACCUUUUUUCGAAAUCCUUUGGUCAGAUCAUCAAUCAAUAUUCAGUAGAAGAGUUGCAUUUGAGUCUCACUCAGGGACAGUGGCAGCAUGAACAGUGGGGAUAUCCUGUGACGUCUGCACCUCCAGGAGCAGAGUUAUGGGUGUGGUUUCAAGACAGAGUGAAAGACAGAGUUGAUGAAAACUGGUCGGGCUUAACCCAAGCACUAUCUGGUCAAUUUUGCGCAUCACUGAAUUUCAUAGACAGCAAAACAACCUCAAGUCCCAAGCUUUCUUUUAGAAGAGGAGGUGUUGCUUCCGCUGCUGGUACAAACAGUUCACUGUUAAGACAUGCUGCGCUGCCAAGAGAACUAGUGUGUACAGAGAACCUCACUCCCUGGAAAAAACUGUUGCCUUGUGACUCCAAGGCUGGCUUAACUACAUUGUUUUACUCAUUGCUGCUCUACAGUGUGAGUUACCACUCUCUAGGGGUCCAUCUGCGACCAAUUUGCCAGGAUCCAAGCUGUUCACAGUUCUCUGUUGAGCUAGUACAGUCACUAUCCAUGGUGCUAGAUCCAUUGUUAAGAGGAGGAUCUAAAUUUGACUGGUCCUUCAAGAAGUUAUUUGGCCGUGCCAUUAAGUCAGCAUGUCCUCUUGCCACAACCAGCAAGGUUUACGUUGAUAUAAGCAGUAACAAGAGUGGAUCAGAAUUUACUGUGUCACCAGCUUUUUCAACAGUCACAAGACAAGUGACACAACAGCAUCAACAGCUCUUUGCCAUGUACGAUGUAAAGCAAAUGAGUAGUUCUGAAGCAACUCUCAAUGUGGUGUUCAAGUGGAAGAAGAGAGCUAUUCAAGGAAUUCCUCCUCAGCUUUAUGCUCAGAGAUUUAUAACAGGGUAUGGUGAAGAGAAGGGAGGUAUCACAUCCUUGAUACACAAUCGCCACCCCACGGAUCCCCUGCCAGUAGUUUACUUUGCUACCUUCCCGUGGUUCCUCAGGAUCUUCCUGCACACCCUAACCAUCAGGAGUGGUGGCAGGGACAUUACGCCUGAUGUCAUCCACGUGACCCCAGCGAAGGAUCGUUUGAGGCCUUACACUUUGGAAAUGUUACUGACCUUACCAGCAAACUCUGUCACAGAACUGAGCAUACAGUUCCACAAAGGAUUCUUAAAGUGGACAGAACAUCCUCCAGACGCUCAUCAUGGCUUCUAUAUCAGUUCUGCUGUUAUUUCUACGAACCUUCGAAACCCACUGAAUUACACUGGCCCCUCACGUCAAUCGUCUCUUCUGUUUCCUAGUCUUGAGACCACCCCAGAGGAGGAAGUAUUUCUUCGUCUCCACACAGAAAUUCUUCUGAUCACCCUUCCCACCCCUGACUUCAGUAUGCCGUAUAACGUCAUCUGUUUGGCUUGCACGGUGGUAGCCAUUGCAUUUGGUUCGUUCCACAAUCUUUCCUCGCGGAGAUUCGAAGCUGUUGACCCCAAGAAAAAUCCUGGUCCCAUUGGCAAGGUUAAAGGUGUGUUGGCAAAGUUAAAAGGCAAGAUAUUUGGGAAAAAGAAGGAAGAAGUUUCCGAAGAAAAGAAAGAAAAUUGAAAACUACGCAUCGAUAUCGUCCCGAAUCUGUUCCAAGGAGCUAAAAUGGUGAAUGACUGUCACGAGUCAAUCAUUAAAGCAGCGAACCAAUCAGAACUUGAAGCAACACGCGACCAGCGGCAAGCACGGGAAAAGUCGGGCAAGCCAUUUACGAGUGGUAUUGACUCUGCUUAUGAUUGGCUGAAGGGAUGAUAGCUUUGUUCUGAUUGGUUAGAGAACGUGGCAUGACGGGGUUCUGUGAACCAAUCAUUUGCUUUGGAUGUAAAAGUUGUCUCUACGUCUCUUC